AUGAAGCGUCCACGAGGACCCUUUGAGAAGGAAAAGCAAGCUAAGAAGGCAAGACUAGGAGAAUCCUCCGGAUCAAGACCUCCAGCACCUCUGCCUGGACCUUCUGGUAAGUCUGUUUCUCUUGCUCCUUCUGUACAAACACAUCACAUUGCUUCUUCUAUUCCUCAACCAACACUUAUCUAUACAAACUCAGAAACUCCUCCCUCAACCACCAGAACAUCUCACCAACCAUCUCAGAAAUUUAACCUUUCCACCACAACCUUACCUGUUUUUGAAGAAGAAAUGCUGAACGAAACCACUUCACCAUCUUCAUCUUCUUCUCCAGAAUCACCCCCCUACUACAACAUUUCCACAGACACAGAACACUCUGACCCUCCCUCUCCAACUCUGGCCCAGCUCCAAACUUGUCCUUUGGCCUCACAACAGCCAACACAACCCACAUCUGAACCAGAAAUCACUUCCUUACCCACAGAACAACCAAACUCAACCACAUCUGACCCUCCACCAUCUGAAACACCUCACGCUGAAACUCACCCAAACAACUCUGACACACACCCACCAAAUACAUCCGCUAAACCACAAACUCCCACACUCAACCUAAGCCCUCCCACUUCUCCACCCCUAGCCUCUGAACCUGAAAACACCGUGCCAACCCUUGAGGAAGCAAUUAUGUUGUUUGCAGAAGCUUCAGUUAACAAGGGCUUCUCUGAGCAAGUCCAAAACGACUUCAUCAGAGACGCUGAGCUAAGACUCCAGAAGCGCCUAGCCAGAGAAGCUAAGGAGCGAGCCCGCAAGGAAGCAGAAGAGAAAGCCAGGCAAGAAGAAAUGCAAAGGAUUAAGGAAGUUGAAGCCAAAGCUCUAGCUGUUGCUGCUGCUGCUAAAGCUGAAGCCGAAGCUGCCGCUGAAGCUGAAGCUCGUCUUGCUGAAGAGUCUGCCAACAGGAAAUUUGCAGAAGAGAAUCUUGAAACAUCAUCUCAUAGAAGCUCCGGUAAGAACUUCUGA